UUCUAAAACCUCUCCUACCCUCCACUCCCCUCCCCUCUCCCUACCUUUUUGUCUGGGCUUUCAAGACACACCUUCCAAAGAAUCUCUCCCGAAAAAACUUGAUCAACAAGGAUUAAUGAUCACUCUAUGAAUGCUUCUAGAUUCAUUAACCGUCUUUGCCAUUGCUUCAUUAGCCAUUGUUGUUCUCAGCUUUAGAUCCCAUAGACUGCUCAGUGAUCAUUAAAAACCAACCUUCAUUCCAUUCAUUCCUUAGUGUAACAGAAGCCCCUCCAAGCAUGGCCUCCAAACAAGCCCAUGAGUCUCCGGAGCCAGUUCGCUACAUUGGAGUAAGAAAGCGGCCAUGGGGAAAGUUUACAGCAGAAAUCAGGAGCUUCGCACUGAAACGGCGCCUGUGGCUGGGAACUUUUGAUACAGAUCUGGAGGCAGCCCUUGCUUAUGACAAGGCUGCCAGAGCUCUGAGAGGCAAAAAGGCCAAAACCAAUUUCCCCACUCCUGGGGAAAUCGAAAGCACCGCCACAACAACCGAAGCUCACUCGUUUAAGAGACCAGCCCCUACGCCAUGGACCCAUAGUUAUCUGAGAAGGCCCACCAAUGUGGGUGAUAGCCCUUCUUCGACUUCAUCUGUCAUAACGGAUAAUGGGUCAUUUCAGACAAAACCCAACUGUCAUAAGUUAACCCUAGAUUUGAAUGUUUCUCCUCCUGAUGAAGAAGAAGAAGAAGAAGAAGAAGAAGGCGCUCGCCCUGAUGCUGACCACCCACAGAAGACGCGUUGGCUCCUCGACUCCAUAUGAUCUCAUUUGUUCCUGGCGGCUGAGGAUGGUUAGCCGUAGCUUCCUAGAUCCAACGAAAGAUGAGUUUCUGUUUAUCGCAGAUUUGAUUAUGAAUUUAUUGGAACUUUUGUUUGUCCUCACGAUUUUCUGGCGAGAUCAGAUUUUCGAUAGGAAUUUGAAUCUCGAAUGACGAUGAGUUUUUGUUUA